AUGCAGAAGCACGAUAGGAAUACUGUGAAGAGGGUUGCUUCUGGGGAGCAUCGAUUUUGGGAACAUAUAACAGAUACACGAGUCCAGCAGAAUGUCACAAGCAAUUGUCAAAAGUUUGGUAACUUUCUUAGCAGUGGUUGUACAAAUAUUAUAAUCACAGCUGCAAGAGAUCAAGCCUAUGUAACUGUUUGCGGUAAAAGUAAUAGUAGUAGUAGUAGUAGUAGUAGUAGUAGUAGUAGUAGUAGUAGUAGUAGUAGUAGUAGUAGUAGUAGUAGUAGUAGUAGUAGUAGUAGUAGUAGUAGUAGUAGUAGUAGUAGUAGUAGUAGUAGUAGUAGUAGUAGUAGUAGUAGUAGUAGUAGUAGUAGUAGUAGUAGUAGUAGUAGUAGUAGUAGUAGUAGUAGUAGUAGUAGUAGUAGUAGUAGUAGUAGUAGUAGUAGUAGUAGUAGUAGUAGUAGUAGUAGUAGUAGUAGUAGUAGUAGUAGUAGUAGUAGUAGUAGUAGUAGUAGUAGUAGUAGUAGUAGUAGUAGUAGUAGUAGUAGUAGUAGUAGUAGUAGUAGUAGUAGUAGUAGUAGUAGUAGUAGUAGUAGUAGUAGUAGUAGUAGUAGUAGUAGUAGUAGUAGUAGUAGUAGUAGUAGUAGUAGUAGUAGUAGUAGUAGUAGUAGUAGUAGUAGUAGUAGUAGUAGUAGUAGUAGUAGUAGUAGUAGUAGUAGUAGUAGUAGUAGUAGUAGUAGUAGUAGUAGUAGUAGUAGUAGUAGUAGUAGUAGUAGUAGUAGUAGUAGUAGUAGUAGUAGUAGUAGUAGUAGUAGUAGUAGUAGUAGUAGUAGUAGUAGUAGUAGUAGUAGUAGUAGUAGUAGUAGUAGUAGUAGUAGUAGUAGUAGUAGUAGUAGUAGUAGUAGUAGUAGUAGUAGUAGUAGUAGUAGUAGUAGUAGUAGUAGUAGUAGUAGUAGUAGUAGUAGUAGUAGUAGUAGUAGUAGUAGUAGUAGUAGUAGUAGUAGUAGUAGUAGUAGUAGUAGUAGUAGUAGUAGUAGUAGUAGUAGUAGUAGUAGUAGUAGUAGUAGUAGUAGUAGUAGUAGUAGUAGUAGUAGUAGUAGUAGUAGUAGUAGUAGUAGUAGUAGUAGUAGUAGUAGUAGUAGUAGUAGUAGUAGUAGUAGUAGUAGUAGUAGUAGUAGUAGUAGUAGUAGUAGUAGUAGUAGUAGUAGUAGUAGUAGUAGUAGUAGUAGUAGUAGUAGUAGUAGUAGUAGUAGUAGUAGUAGUAGUAGUAGUAGUAGUAGUAGUAGUAGUAGUAGUAGUAGUAGUAGUAGUAGUAGUAGUAGUAGUAGUAGUAGUAGUAGUAGUAGUAGUAGUAGUAGUAGUAGUAGUAGUAGUAGUAGUAGUAGUAGUAGUAGUAGUAGUAGUAGUAGUAGUAGUAGUAGUAGUAGUAGUAGUAGUAGUAGUAGUAGUAGUAGUAGUAGUAGUAGUAGUAGUAGUAGUAGUAGUAGUAGUAGUAGUAGUAGUAGUAGUAGUAGUAGUAGUAGUAGUAGUAGUAUAGUAGUAUAG